AUGACCCAUCCUCUAUCAAAGAAAAGCAAGUCGACGUCUAGAAAGCGAUGUCAUUCGUCAACAUCAUCAUCAGCUUCAUCGGGUUCGCCACUUGUCUCUGUAUUUUCCAACCCUUCCUCUUCCGACUCCAGUUCGUCUUCCAUGUCUCCUGUUCGAAUACAGGAUGUGAGCAAACGACAAAAAUCUGUUACGGAUAAGCUCGUGUCUACCGCACCUUUUACCUCUCCUGGAACCAUUCCUGCCCGCUUAUCCAGCAGUCAGCGUAACGUUCCCGCAUUCCUGAACAAACUUUACACCAUGGUCGACGAUCCAAGUACCAAUGAUCUGAUCCGCUGGUCUCCGGAUGGCGCGUCAUUCAUAGUGGAAAGACAUCAAGAGUUUGCACAAGCGGUAUUACCGCGAUACUACAAACACAACACGUUUACUUCGUUUGUACGCCAAUUGAACAUGUACGAUUUUCACAAGGUGCCUCAUCUUCAGCAGGGUGUGUUGAUCACCGACCAGCAGCACGAAGUUUGGGAAUUCAGUAACCCACACUUUCAGAGAAAUCGAUCGGAUUUACUGGUCUUGGUGACGCGUAAACGAAACCGAGAGAAUGAACUCGCCGAGAUCGACAACCUGAGUCUCACCACCGUAGUCAAAGACAUAUCGGCUAUUCAAAAGAAUCAAACCACCAUCAAUUCCGAUUUACACGACCUGCACCGCGACAAUGAAAUCCUCUGGCAAGAAACACUCGUGGCAAGAGAGAGGUACCACCGCCAUCAAGACGCCAUGGAAAAAAUUGUACACUUUCUCAACUCUGUCUACUCAAAGGAAGCACCGAGUCUGGAGGAUCUGAAUAAAAUGGUAUUUCCAUUGCAAGACAAACCAUCUUUCAAUGCUCUCGGUGAUUCCGUGGCUUCCUCAAGCAAACACAUUACCUACGCAAAACCUCACCCAACGUCCGCCUCUUCCUCAUCAUCAGGAGUAGAAUAUGGCGCUAAUUCAGGUAGCAGUCGAGAUACAGCAGCCCAGACGACAGAAACGAACAUGGCUACUGGAUUCCCUUCCAGCAAAACGUACGACCAUAUCCAACGAACGCAACCUCUUGCUACGCCAGAUUAUAUGUAUUCAUACAAAUCUCAUCAAGAGCCUCCAAUGGCACCGUCUUUUCAAAAAUCAGCAACACAUGCUUCAUCCAUUCAACCCUACACGGUGGUUUCGGGUAUCUCCGAUGUGCUUGACUUUGCCACUGAUUCCGCGCAAGCCAUUUCGAGCGACAUAAAUGCUCUCGAGAACGAUGUGGAACAAUUGGCAGAUACCUUGGGUAUAAGCUCUCACGAUAUGGGCAACGAAACAUAUUAUCCAAUGGAUCUAUUGCCAUCCGAGGUCAAUGACACAGAUACUGGGGCUCCGUUUCACCACUCGUUGAUGCAAUCCUCUUUUAAUGAUAAUCACGCAAGGAAUGGAUACAACAACAUGGAUACAGAUGACGGGGCAUUCUAUCCAAAUAUGUUGUCGUCGGAAGGCGGUCCGGAAUCGCUGAGAUCGCAAUCAAUGUAUAACCCAAACGACUCGUUGUUACCAUGGGGAAAUCCUCAAAUGUAUCGACCAACCCGCGGCACUCAGUCAUUUCCCCCACCGUCGGUCCCGCCAUCCACUCCUUUGGAGGAAAUGUCGACCAGCCCGUCCUUUAUAUCAAGCUCUGACUACAUGUCUAUACCUUGUUCUAAGCCCGUGAGUAACCCAUCCACCAUGAUGCCACCAUCAGUACCACAUGCACACGGUGGAGGAGGACCUGAUGCUCAUCCGUACGAUCCUCAAUUUAUCAAUUAUGGUCUGAAUGAUCGUUCUGCACCAUCUCAAAGUAGGAAAAACCCUCAUUCUUAA